GAUCCGAAUUCUGACUUAAAAAACUCCCAGGGUUGUUGGGAUUGAACCAAGUGUAACCGCAUCAUUUAAUCAAUAAUACAAACCCCUUUGAGUUUUUACCAGAACAAUAGAUAACUAACAGGGGUGCAAAUAGAAACCGCAAGAAUAUAUUUGGGCUUGAACAAAAAGUAUAUAUAAUGUAAAAUCACCAUCACUCGCCGUGUAGAAACCGGAAUCAAUCAUAAUACUCGUUUUCGUUGCGUCAUCGUCAUCAUCGAUUUUCUUCUUCAUCAAUUAAUUCACCAUUUUUAUUUACUAUUUCACCAAUUUUCUACUUCAGAGACAACAACACUAUUGACACCGGUUCUCGAUCUUAAUAUGUUGGAGAAGAUCGGGUUGCCAUCAAAGCCUUCGCUUCGAGGGAAUACUUGGGUUGUUGAUGCUUCUAAUUGCCAAGGAUGUUCCGCAAACUUUACUUUCAUCAAUCGCAAGCACCACUGUAGAAGGUGUGGAGGCCUGUUUUGCAACAGUUGUACCCAACAAAGAAUGGCUUUACGUGGACAGGGUGAUUCGCCUGUACGUAUAUGUGAACCUUGUAAGAAGCUAGAAGAAGCAGCACGGUUUGAGUUGCGACAGGGACGCAGGCCUGGGAGAGGAAGCUUGAAAUCAGCACCUGAAGAUGAAAUUCUUGACCAGAUUCUUGGUAAAAAUGAUGAACUCCUUUCAUCAGGAAAGAAGUCAACCAGUGACAAAGGUCGUGGUGGCCAAAGAUCGGCCAGUGUCGCAUCUUCUUCAAACACUAAAGGACUUUCCAUUAAUGACGAUGAAGAUAUACAAAAGAUCGUAUCAAAUGAAACAACUAAUAGUUUAGGUAUUGAAGUGGGAUCCACCACUCCUGAUGAGUUACGUCAGCAAGCUUUGGCGGAAAAAAGUAAGUAUAAAAUUCUAAAAGGAGAUGGGAAAUCUGAGGAAGCCUUGAGAGCUUUUAAGAGAGGAAAGGAGCUUGAGAGGCAGGCAAAUGCUUUGGAAAUUCAGCUAAGGAAGGAGGCUCGGAAGAAGUUGUUGCCUUCAGGAAACUUAUCUGAUAUGCAUAACAAAGACAUUCCUGGAGAGUCCGACAGAAAAACAAAGUCACUUCCACGGACGGGUAAAGAUAAGGAUGAUCUUACUUCAGAGCUUAUAGAGCUGGGAUGGUCUGAUAAGGAUCUACACAAAGAAGAUAGAAAGUCGGCAAACUUGAGUUUGGAGGGUGAAUUUUCAUCAUUAAUUGGAGAAACCUUUGGAAAGACAGGUGAAGAAAAGGGCAGCAGGAUUGACAAGACUGAGGUUGUUGCUAUGAAAAAGAAGGCUCUAAUAUUGAAGCGUGAGGGUAAGCUUGCAGAAGCUAAAGAGGAAUUAAAAAGAGCGAAAAUUCUAGAAAAGCAACUGGAAGAAGAGGAACUCCUUGCUGGUGCUGAAGAUUCUGAUGAUGAGCUAUCAGCAUUAAUACGUGGCAUGGAUGAUGAUAAAGAAUUUCCUGAUCUGCAUGAUCGUGAGCAUGCUUUUGAUUUUGAUAAUCUCUUGAACAUUUCUGAUAAUCUUGACAGUAUUGUUGAAGUGACCGAUGAUGAUUUGAUGGACCCUGAAUUAGCUGGUGCUUUGGAAUCACUAGGUUGGACUGAACCUGAAAAUACAUUUUCCAAAUCUCAAACCUUUGACAAAGAAGCGUUACUUAGUGAAAUUCAGUCAUUGAAAAGAGAGGCUGUCAAUCAAAAGCGAGCAGGUAAUACUGAAGAAGCAAUGGUGAUAUUGAAAAAGGCUAAGUUAUUAGAAAGGGACCUUAACAAUGCUGGAUCUGAUGACGAUAGUACCAUGCUACAAAAAUUCACUCCUGUUAGGAAAAGUGAAAUUACUAGCAAUGAGAGAAAUAAUAAUGUCGCUAACAAUGCCAAUUCCGCGGUGGCACCAAAAAGCCGGUUGAUGAUUCAGAGAGAGCUUUUGAAUUCAAAAAAGAAGAUUCUCACAUUGAGAAGGGAAGGGAAAAUGAACGAAGCAGAAGAAGAAAUGCGGAAGAGUGCAGUUCUUGAGCAUCAGCUGACGGAGAUUGAUAAUGCUCCAAGCCAUAAAUCACCAUUGAUGAAUAAUGUCCUGCAUGCAACGAGUAGAAAUCAGCCACUUGAGGAAGGAAGUGAAGAUGAUGUAACAGAUAAAGAUAUGUCUGAUCCAACAUAUCUUUCACUCCUUACGGACUUAGGUUGGAAUGAUGACAAUGAUAAAUCUUCCAAGUCUUCAAACAAGCCUUCGAAAAAAUAUGAUGAUAAUUUUAUUCCAAUCAAUGAUACUUCUCUAAGUCAGCAUUCUACAAGUGUCCUUGUUGAAGCACCAAGAAGAAGUAAAGCUGAACUUCAGAGGGAACUCUUGAGCUUAAAAAGGAAAGCCCUUGCUUUAAGGCGGGAAGGGAAAGCUGAGGAUGCGGAAGAAGUUCUUAAAACGGCCAAAACAUUAGAAGCCAAGAUAGAAGAGAUGGAUGCUUUGAAGAAUAAAGUGCAGGUUGAGGCUCCUGCAAAGAAAGAACGCUUCAAUUUUCCAGUUGACAUGGCAGUUGAUGAAGAAAGGGAUGUGGUUGUUUCAGAAGAGGAUAUGCUUGACCCAGCAUUGAAUUCACUGCUUACUAAUCUGGGGUGGAAGGAUGAAGGAUUUGAGCCUGUGAAGGAAGAACCAGUUAAGGAAGCUACUAGCACCAUUACAACUUCAAGGAACAAAGGAGAAAUUCAAAGAGAACUCUUAGUAUUGAAAAGGAAGGCUCUUGCUUUGAGGCGCAAGGGAGAAAUAGAAGAGGCUGAUGAAAUUUUAAAGAUGGCCAAGAAUCUCGAAGCUCAACUGGAAGAUUAUGAGAGCCAGAACAAGGACUUGUUACUGAAUGCUUCCAAGGAAAAAAAAUCUGUUCCGUAUGAAGCAGCAAUUGGCUUAGAAAGAAUCAACGAUGAAACAAAUAUUCCACUUUCAAGGAAGUCAGAUAAUUUAAGCCCUGCAACCUCUAAUUCUGCAGAUGAUAAACAUCCAAUAUCUUCUCAGGUGAGUGCUUCAAGUGAAAAUCUUGCAAAAAGGAUGAAAGUGGAAAACAUCAUUGGUCAUAGCUCCUCAACUGGCCACUCUAUGCAUAUGCCAGAUUUACUUACUGGUGAUGAUUGUAGCAGUUCUGAAGUAUUGUCUAAAAAAAACAAAGAAUAUAAAGUUGGCUCUGCUAAUUCAUCUCAAACAGGUCCUACUAUUGGUUUGGACUCCUCUGUGAAUCUCAGCCAAGAACUGAUAUACAAAAGCAGUGUUGCAACCCAAAGAAUAAAAGUGACUGAUGUUGAUGAAAAGCCAAACACAAAUCAGUCAAAUGCCGUUCCAGAUUAUGCUUCUCAGGAUGACCUUUCCUUGCGCCAAGAAAUUUUGGCUCAUAAAAGGAAGGCAGUUGCUUUGAAAAGAGAAGGGAAACUAACAGAAGCCAGGGAGGAGCUCCGACAGGCCAAGCUGUUGGAGAAGAGAUUGGAGGAUGGAAGUACACAGCCAAACACUGCCUCCACUAGCAAUGAGGAUGGAAGUACGCAGCCAAACACUGCCUCCACUAGCAAUGUUUCCAAUGCAUCAAAUGCUGUGCCAAAGAAACAAGAUUCACCGAAUGCUGCUGUAAAACCAUUGACUAGUCGUGAUCGUUUCAAGUUGCAACAGCAGUCUCUGGCACACAAACGUCAAGCCUUAAAGCUACGGAGAGAAGGCCGAACAGAGGAAGCAGAAGCUGAGUUUGAACGGGCAAAGGCAAUUGAAAACCAGUUGGAGGAGUUGGCUGCUCAUGAUGCCAAUAAGUCAGAUACAGGAGAUGAUGUGAGUGUUGAGGAUUUUCUUGAUCCUCAACUCUUAUCUGCUCUGAAAGCUGUUGGACUUGAAGAUGUAAGUGUUGUAUCUAAGAAAAGCCCUGAAAAACAAGAGUCUGUGAAACCCGUUGCCAAAAUUGAGAACUCUAACCAAGAGAAAAUUCAGCUAGAAGAAAGAAUCAAAGAAGAAAAACUGAAGGCGGUCAGCUUGAAACGAUCAGGAAAACAAGCUGAAGCUUUAGAUGCUCUUCGACGUGCCAAAAUGUAUGAAAAGAAGCUGAAUUCAUUAAUAUCUGGAUGAUGAUAAAAUCAAUAUUGCUACUUCAAGGUGCAAAGACCUCCUUUGUUCAAGCUGAUAGUUUUUCUUCUUUUUAUUAGCUUAAUUUGUGAAUUUUCAUUGAAGGAGGAAUAGAAGGUGCUAUAUUAUGUUCAUAAAUAUUGAGGAAUACACACACGAUCAUUCACUAGUUUUUCAAUUUUCAUCUGAAAAUUGUAAAUGUGGUUCUAAACAUGAAGAUAAUGAAUGUUGUAUAUGUUUAUGUGUUGUUUUAAAUAAGUCAAUUUCUACAGCUGACAUAUUGCAGGAA